UGCCGUGGGGCGGCUCCAGCUUCCGUGGUUUCUGGUGGACAGAAUCGAAUCCGGAGCCGCGAGCGCAUUUCUGCCGUCCUUGCUUCUCCUUCUCCCUUGGCACCCACCGAGGCGGUGGCGCUGUGCUCGGAGGAGACGAGGCGCGCCGGGGAGAUCCGAGGCGCGGGAGGCACCCGUUGACCCUGCCCUCCAAAAGCCCCAACCCAGUUCGGCCCUCCGGCCGCUGGUUCGCUGCCGGGAACGCCGUCGUCUUCCUCAGGUCCGGUCAGCGGCGGCCACGCUCUGAAUCUCCACGUCGUUGAGGUUUUAAUCUUGCUUUCUUGAGACACAUCCGAUUUCAUUGCUCUUUUUAUGAGUUCACAAUUGACUCAAUACACUCAACAUGAAGUUUUUAGAAUACACCCCCUUCGACAGUAUAAAUUUGUUCCUUGAUAAUCUCGACCUUGGUGAUUGUACAAUUAGAGGAAACCUCGAAGCCUUUUCAUGCAAGCACACUGGUAAUGACCGUCGACUUUCAAUAAGUCUAGAACACGAGAUUCUUGAUUGCCUUGGUAAGUCUUCUGAUAGUGAUCAUUCAUCACCAGUGGAGCAUUUGUCAUCUCGGUCAAGCCGGAAGGCAUUGAUCUAUCUAGUUCUCACCCUUAGCCACAUGUAUCCAGAUUAUGAUUUCAGUGCUGUUCGGGCACACCUGUUCUUCAAAGAAGAGGAGUGGGAAAGCUUCAGGGAGAUGAUAGACACCUACUUAUCUGAGGCUUCUAAGCAAUGGGCAGCAAGAAAUGAGGGCACAUCUCUUCUGGACAGUAUGACUAAUGUCAUCGAUGAGGUUAUCAAAAUCAGAGAGUCUGACAUCUACAGCUAUAACCCAGACCAAGAUGGAGAUCCAUUUCUUGAAAAAGGGGUCAUAUGGUCGAUCAACUUUUUCUUCUACAAUCGGAAGCUAAAGCGAGUUGUGAGCUUUCGUUGCAGUUGUAUUAGCAAAAUAUCAGGAGACGACUUCUUAACCAGUGCACUGUCUGAUGGUGAUGAGGAAGAUGCACUGAUUGACAUGGACAUAUAAUUGACCACUUUCUGGCAGGAAAAAUGACCAACCAUGGCAUCCAGUUGUGUAGUAGUACCAGUAUAUAUAUCAUGUAUGGCAGGUUAGCAGUUGCCCAGUAGGAACUACAACCCAAACCCUUUUAUUAGCAGACUUCACCUGUACCGAAGCCUGCAUAAUAUUAAAUAUUUGACCGCAAGAAAUUCUGCUUUUCCAGACCGCCAAACUUUAACCGGCAUUUUACUUGGUUGACCUAAGCUAGUGUUGGUUGAGAUCGAAGUUCUCAUUAUAUGGAGUUGAAUAAUGUAUAUCUAAGAAUGCUAUGUUAUGCUUGUAACCUAAUUUGCAAAUUUGCU